AUGCCGCGCCGAAGGGGCGUUUCACCGCCGGCCGCUUCGACGGCGCUGGUACCGCUGCCGCAGAAGCGCGGUCGGUCCUCGCUGUCUCAGCUUAUUCUCCGCGCUGUCGCCGCUUGUACAGCGCGCAAAGGCGCUUCGUUGGUUUUCAUUAAGAAGGCGCUCGCCACCGAGGGCUACGACGUGGCGCGCAACAGCGGCCGCUUGAAGGCGGCGGUCGGCGCUUUGCUCAGCAAAGGGCUCCUCCGGCGAGUUACGGGCAGCGGCGUCGCCGGGUCGUUCCGCAUCGGUAAGGAGCGAGUGGAGGGAGCCGGGCGGAGCGGGAGGGCGGCCGGGAAGCCGCGGCAGCGCCCCGCCGGGAAGAAGAAGGGGCCGAGGCGCGCUGUGAAAGCAUCCGCGCAGCGGCUGAAGAAGGCGAAGAGACGGCCGGGGAAAGCGGCAGAAGCGGCGGGGGGCGCGCAGGAGGCCGGGGGUGCGGCGGCGGACGGCGAGGCUUAG